AUGGGAGAUAUUCCUAGAGUGAAGCUUGGUAGCCAAGGCCUAGAGGUUUCAAAGUUGGGGUUUGGGUGCUCUGGCAUCACAAGAAGGUAUUACCCCCAUGUUCCAGAAGAAGUUGCCAUCUCUUUGAUCAAAUAUGCAUUCAACAAAGGAAUCACCUUCUUUGAUACAGCAGAUGUUUAUGGAUCCCAUGGUGCCAAUGAAAUCAUCCUCGGAAAGGCAUUGAAGGAAUUACCUCGAGAAGAGAUUCAGAUUGCGACGAAGUUUGGAAUAGUGAAAAUGGAACCAAACAAUAUCAUAGUAAAUGGUUCACCAGAAUAUGUUCGAUCAUGUUGUGAAGCUAGUCUCCAACGCCUUGGAGUGGAAUACAUUGAUCUUUAUUAUCAGCAUCGUGUUGACACUACGAUACCGAUUGAAGACACAAUGAAAGAGCUUAAAAAGUUGGUGGAAGAAGGAAAGAUAAAGUACAUAGGAUUAUCUGAAGCUAGUCCUGACACCAUUAGAAGAGCACAUGCUGUUCAUCGUAUUACUGCUGUUCAAAUGGAGUGGUCCCUUUGGACUCGUGAAAUUGAGCAGGAUAUUGUUACUCUUUGCAGGGAACUUGGAAUUGGAAUAGUACCAUAUAGCCCUCUUGGCCAAGGAUUUUUCUGCGGGAAGGCUGUCCCCGAAAACAUAGCUACAAAUAGUAGUUUUCUGUUUUCUCAUCCAAGGUUACAAGAAGAGAAUCUUGACAAGAACAAGAUCUUAUAUUCUAGGAUAGAAAAGUUGUCAGAGAAGCAUAAAUGUACAACUUCACAACUUGCUCUUUCAUGGAUUCUUCAUCAAGGAGACAAUGUAGUACCCAUCCCUGGGACAACAAAGACAAUGAAUGUUGAUAAUAAUGUGGGUUCCUUGGAAGUGAAGUUCAGCAAGGAUGAAUUGAAGGAGAUUACAGAUGCAAUACCAAUAUCUGAGGUAGCAGGAUACAGAAUUGCAGAUAUUUAUAUUAAGUGCUCAUGGAAGUUUGCUAAUACUCCACCAAAAGCAUAG